UAUCGUCAUCCAGCUUUCGCUGGUCUAUCUAAUAAAACCCUAACCGCAGCCGGAAAUGUUCCUCCGUUCGAACCCUAGCCCCUGCUAUCAUGGAUUCGAAACCUAAUUUGCUUAGAACUGGAGACGAAGACCUAAUAAUAUUCGAAUUAUGUCCAACUCAAGGUCGUGGACCAUCGACUCGGACCUGGACGGCAUCGACCUCGACCCGCAGGACUUCGCGGCGUCCGUUCCGCUGAAGAAGGUGCCGUUCGGGGAUGUGUUCGAGGCCUCCCGUGCCGGUGACGUCGUCCGGCUGCGGGACCUGCUUGAGUCAGGCGUGAAUGUCAACGCGAGGGACCAGUGGGACUCGGUGGCGCUGUACUACGCCUGCUUGGCCGGGCACCUUGACGCGGCGAGGAUGUUGCUGGAGAGCGGCGCGAUUUGCUCGGAGCAUACGUUUGACGGUGACCGGUGCCACUACGCGGCGCUUAAUCUGAAGGUGCGCAAGCUGCUGAAAUCGUUCGAGGCCCGGCCGCCGCCUCUAGGGCCGUUGCAAGCAGCUCUGAGGGAGACGUUCUUGGGGUGCCGAGCGAACGGGACAUACCUCGAACAGUCUGACAAUCUGUCCGAAGUUCCAGUAGAUAAUUCAUCCACCGGGGGAUCCACUUCUGGUCACUUCCUUCCAGAUGUUGUCUUUUAUGUGCAAGGAAGACCUAUUGAAGCUCACAAGGUCAUCUUGAGUGCUCGGUCACCUUUCUUCAAGAGAAAAUUUGAAACUGAUUGGAAGUAUCGAAAGGAAGUAAGAUUCUCAACGGGGGGUUUAUUCUAUCCUGCUUUUUAUAGCCUCAUCCACUUCUUUUAUUCCGACAGACUGGAAAUUGCAGUAGAUGACAUGGAAGAUCUUUUGAGAAUUUGCAAAGGUUGCAAGUGUGGGUCAUUGCAGAGGGUCCUUGAGAAAGAAUUGAUUCACCAAAAAUAUGCAGAAUACAAAGCACUUACAGAUAUAGAUGACUCUCAGAAGCGGUUUAUCUUGGAGGGCAUGUCCCUUCCUGAGGAAGACCGACUUCCAGCUGCUUUAAAUAAGAUUAUCCAAAUUUGUCUUGCAAACUCCAACAAGGAACAGAACCCUGACGGCAGUGUUGAUAAUUUAGUAUCUUGUCUUGGUGCAACGCAAAUGAGUGAGUUUGAUGAUGAUCUUGCAGAUGUUUGUGUAAGGGUCAACAAAAAGACAUUCCGAUGCCAUCAAGUGGUUUUAGCUUCCAGAUCAGAGUACUUUAAAGCAAGAUUAUCUCGCAUGAAGGAUUUUCUUGAAGGAAAAGAUGGCUUACCUGAUUAUAUUCUUCCUUGUCUUGAAGAACAUGAUUUGAGCACAGAGGCAUUUGAGAAAAUGAUUGAGUACAUGUACACUGAUGGUUUGACAGAUAUAGACCCAGAUCAGGCUGAAGAAAUGUUUGAUGCGGCUUCAAGGUACUUGUUAUUUCCUCUAAAGCGUGCUGUUGCUGAUGUACUGCUGCCACACCUAGAAAUGGUUCCUCCAGCAGAAUUGUGCCAUUGGCUGAUAUUAUCAGACUUGUACGGUGUUCUGAAGAUUCGGGAGUAUUGUCUGGACGUGAUAGCUUGUAACUUCGAGACAUUCGCUGAAACUCCCGAGUUCCGGGCAAUGUUGCUGACCCUUCCCCCUCCAUCCGGAGAUUCAUCACUCCGAACCACGGCCCCAAGUGCUCCGGGAGCUGGGGGGAAUACGGACCAACAAAAUCUUCUUGACGAUCUACGAGAGAAAUGGCUGGAGGCCGAGGCUGCAGAGCUCGACAAGAGAGAUGAAAGUGCACUGUUGUUCGAUAAGCGGCUUGAGAUGCUAAUGCUGGUUGCAGAACAAGAAAAUUCAGGUGCUCUUAGCAGUGAUGUUCACCAAGAGUGCUCUAAAGAAGAACCUGCCCUUCCCCCGUCAUCCAUUGUUACCCCAAAAUGGGCCUAAAGGAAAGAUAGACGACAUUUGUAUUCUUUUUAUUUUUCUCCUUUUCAAAUGUAUCUAAAUAAGUGCCUUUUCAGAUAGUAGCAUUCGAGAGAGAGAGAGAAAGAGAACAUCUUGUGCUUCUGCAUCUUCCUUCGUGGCAAAUGCCCAAUGUAUGAUGAAAUUCAUUGCCCUUCAAAGAUUCAGCUUGGACUGUUUCAACCCAAA